AUGGGUAUAUGUGCGAGUAAGACAGACUCUCCAACAACAACAACAACAGCUACUACUACCACCAAUACAAAUAAACCAGUACAAAGAAUAAGACCUAAGCAUAACAAGAAUGCUGAGGAAACUACUAAAGGAACUAGGAAAAAGAAAACAGUAGCUGCAGUACAAACGAGUGGUACUAAGCUAGGCGCUGCGACAAAUGAUGAUGAUGAUGGUGGUAAGUUAUCACCGAAAGAAGCUGCAAGGUUGGCGGCAGAGAAACGUUUCAAAGAAGCAACUGAAAAGGAAACCAAAGGUGAAUUGGGUAAGAAAUUAGCUAGUGAAAGAGCCAAGACAUAUAAAGCUCAUGUUUUGGAAGAUGCUGAGAAAAGGAACUUGGAGAGAGAGAGGGAAAAUCUAACGUUCGAUUAA